AUGUAUAGAAACAAAAAUUUACGACACGAACAAUUGACGUUUCACUGGACGGUCCACAAACAACGCACGCUCAUACAGUUCUACAACUGUAACCACUUUCUGUAUCAAACUAGUCAUCCGGACUUCAAGAAAAAAACACUCCGAGAUGCAACUAUGCAAAUUGUUGCAGACAUGCUCAAGUGCACAGUGGGGGAGGCAAAAGCCAAAUUCCAUUGCUUGCGAACAUAUUUUAAUAAGGAGUGGGCCAAGGUGACAACGAAAAAAUCUGGCCAGGGGACAGGGGAUAACUACGUCUCCAAGUGGGAGUUCUUUGAAGACAUGAAGUUUUUGAAGACGAGUCAGACUCCCCAAGCAUCCGUCUCAUCCCUGGAGGAGCUGACAGUGGAGUCAGAGUCCUCCUCAUCACCUUGUGUGGUUCUACUCGAAGAAACUGUCGACGAUACCAGCACGCCACCCGAGGUGCGACGACCGGCGUACAAACGAAAAAAGAACACCCCGACCCAGCCCAUUAGGGAGCAAGUCUUCGAGAAGGCGCUGAAAGUGUUGUCCAGCAGCGCACAAGAUGACGGUGACCAAUCGUUCGGUGAUGCAGUUGUGGCUGCAAUUGCCGGCCUAGAUGAAUAUAGGAAGGACCUUAUCAAGGCGAGGAUCAUGGAGGUUAUAUUUCAGAUCAAACAUUCUACUUUAAUUGAGAACAUCUAAGAACAAAUUCUAUAAUUUUUAGCUGCUUUUUUUUUCAUCGAUUUUAAAUAAGGUGUUAUACAGGGGUUUGCCCUAAAAUCUGGAAUAAUGGUCGCAUGCCCGCAGCAAUUUAAAAUUUUCAUCAGCAGUGUAUUUUUACUUUUUGGUACAGUUUCAGGGCAAAGCUUCGUUCCUGUGCUAUGCCACAAAGUUGCAGUGAGCAGAAGAUGGUACCGUCAGCUUUCGACUGUGCAUCGAAUACUUGCUGCGUCUAUCGGUUAGCUUGGCAGUCCGCAUUGGUGUCCUCCAUUAAGUCACAUAUUGUUGGUCUCACAUUUCAAAGGAAGCGAGCUAUGCAUUCAAAUUUUGCAAGAUAAACUAUGCGACUACAAUACUCCUUUCAUAAAAAAACGAAGAUUUCUUUUGUGCAGGCGACAAUUUUUACGCCAAAUUUUGGAGUUAAGGUGCUGAUAUUUAUUCAAGAGCUGUUUAUGAUGAGUGUUCACUUAAAUAAUGUGGUCUUGUUUCGCUUGUUUUAAUUAUCACUCGUGUACCCUGACCAGGCAUUUUUUA